AUGCUUAAGCUCUUUACAAGAACGUCGAAACCCUCAUCUAAGACUCCAAGAACAAGGCUCCCAUUAAUGAAAUCGUUGUUUUAUCUUACAACAUCAUUGAAUCUUUAUAACCCUUAGUUGAUGACUGUGGUAUUAAGGCCAACUUACACAUCCCCGUUAUUACUUUCCCCGAUCUUAACGGUUGCGUUGUUGACACCUAAGGAUUAGUUAACACCAUCAAGGCUAUUAAGGAUGCCAUCUAAGAAAAGAAAUUCGAAGAAAUCUUCACCUAAGUUGCUACCGCUGUUACUACUCUUAAGUCUAUCGCUGCUGAAUGCAAGCCCACCAAGAACCUCUUGA